GGGCUCCGCUGAGGGCCGGAAGAUGGCGCCGCCCGGUCGCGGCCGGGCUCGUCAGUGCCGGUGGCUCCCGGCCGGGGCUGCCGGGGCUUGAGGGAUCUUCGCAGCUGGUGUCCCGGCACCUCCGGUGCCUCGGUGCCGGCGGAGAUGGACCAGCGCCUGGCUGAGCUGGUGGAGGAGCUCACCACCUCGGGGGAGCCGCGGCUGGAGCCCGGCAGGAUGAAGGAGCUGAAGAAGAUCUGCAAGUCGUCGGAGGAGCACAUCAGCCACGCCUACCACCUGCUGGUGACGCGGCUCCAAGAGGAGCACGCCGAGAUGCGCUUCUCCGCCUUCCAGGUGGUGCAGGAGCUGUUCGCCAGGUCCCACCAGUUCAGGACGCUGCUCAUCUCCAACUUCCAGGAGUUCCUGGAGCUCACAGUGGGGAUAGACCACGAGCAGCCGCUCCCCCCGCCCAAGGAGGUGGCGCAGAAGCUGAGGAAAGCGGCCAUCAAGGCAGUGCAAGACUGGCACGAGAAGUAUGGGGAGGCCUACAAGCAGCUUUCCCUGGGGUACCACUUCCUAAAGCAGAACAAGAAGGUGGAUUUUCAAGAUGUGCAUGCCAGAACUGUGGCUGAAAGGAGGAGGGAAGAGGAGAAGCAAAAACGACUGGAGAACAUUUACAAAGAAAAAGUCAAAAGAACUGAAAAGGAAAUGGAAGAAAUGUCCCAAGAGAUUGCUGAUACACUGAUAGAGAUGGAAAACUGUUUCCAGCUUCUGAUGCCAGAUCCUUUCAAUUUUGGGGUGAACGACAUUGACCCAGAACUCAGCAAACAAACGUCUGCUAAUGAGGCUGGACCUGCAUCCCCCCUGUCCUCCCAGGGUGAAGUUAACCCAUCCUUUUUGGGGUGCAUGGAUGACGAACAGCCAUGCUGCAGCAAGGACAUUCUUCCUGUUCCUUCUCAGUGUGUUGCAACUGAUGGAAACAAAGAGGGAGAUGAGAAGCCUGGGCAGAAAGAGCUGGAUGGAGGCACAUGCUCAGACAUCCAAUACAGUGGCCCUGUUCUCCAUGACGAUGAUUACCAGACUUUUGUCAGGAACCAUGGGCUUAUUUCACAUAAAUAUACUCUAGACCUUGAAAUCUCCACAGAUAUAAAAGUGCAAGAGAAUGAAGAUAAUACUGCCAUCAUAAACAGUGUCAUGGAUGCUCACAAACUUCUCAGGAACAAGUUCUGGCCUUCUGUGCAGUCCUGGAUUCAGCUACUUACCAGAGCAGGAAUCAAUGAUGAUCGGCUAAGAUGUGCCAUUGAACUCAAGAAUAAAUUGGAGACUGCUAUGAAGAAAUAUAAAGAAAUGAACAUUUCCUUUAAAGCAAGAAAAAGAAAAGUGAUUAAAGCCUCGGAUGAUGAUGAUGAGGAUGAGGAUGAAGAUGAAUUUGUGGAGGUCCCUGAGAAGGAAGGUUAUGAGCCCCACAUUCCAGACCACCUGCGUAAGGAAUAUGGGCUUGAGCCCCGGUCACCUCCAAAAGCGCCGGUGAUGAAGGCAUCAACAGGAGCAGCUCCGCUGAGCUCCCACACUCAGCCCAAAGGGAAUGAGGAUGAACUUGAUCCAACCUGUGCAGCUGCCACACUGAAACUUAUUAGAGACAAACUACCAAAGUUACCAUCUCCUCAAGACAGUGAAUCUGCAACUUCUGAGACGGCAAACUUGGAAGAUCCUGACAGUAAAAGAAGAAAACUAGAAGAAAGAGCUAAAGCUCCCCUCAUGCCUUUUGGAUUAGAUCUUCACUACUGGGGAGAGGAUCAGCCAAGUGCUGGGAAGAUUAUCAAAUUUACCUCUGAGCAUCGAUUUUGGGCACCCAGUGAAGUAGAGGAAGAGGUGGAAAAUAAAGAAAUAACGGAAAUGUUAAAAACCAGGUAUAUAACAUUUGCUGGCAAGUUUGAGCCAGUAAAACAUAAAUGUCGAGCACCCAUGCCAGGUGGAACUCUGUGUGAAAGACAAGAUCGAAUUAAGUGCCCUUUCCAUGGAAAGAUAAUUCCUCGCGAUGACUCUGGGAUUCCUGUAAAUGCAGAGGACAGAGCCAGAGAAGAAAAGAUGAAGUUUGAGAAGCAGGCGGCCCAGCCAGAGUGGCGAGAUCCAGAAUUCAUGAGAGAAGUUGAAGCUGCUACAGGACUGGAUCUUGGUUCCUCUAAAAGUAAUGGAAAAGGACAGAAAAAGAAAGGGAAGAAACAAAAAUACCCAAAUCUGACAGACGUGAAGCAACAGGCUAACACUUCUCGUUCCCGGCUUGAGAAGAAAGUUUUCAAUAAAGGUGCCAUGAAACGGGUUGUGAAAGCCAUGAACCGGGUGGACCAAAGGAAGCAUGAGAAGUUUGCCAACCAGUUUAAUUAUGCACUGAAUUAAAUUCUUAUUCACCUCUGCCCUUCUUUAUUACAAGAGUGCAACUGCAAAACCCUUAAUCAAAGAUAUUUGUAUUUACACUACAGUAUUUUGCUAAGCACAUUUUUACAGGUGUCAUUUUAAAAUUGUUUCCAUGUUUAACUUAUUUGAUAAUGAAUAUUAAUUUUGGAAAAGAUGUGGUGUGGAAUUGAAUUAAUUUAAAAAGUUAAUAAUUAUUUGAAAUAUAAAUGAAAUAGAUGUGUUUUAUGACUUGUACAUAAUUUGGUAAAUUGCUCAGAUUUUGGGGCUUGGUUUUUUUCCUUCCUAAGGGACUCAUGUAAUUUAUAUGUCCUUUGACAACACGUGUUUAAUUUUCCACAUUCAUGCCUUCAGGGGAAAAGAUACCUUAAAAACUAUGUGAUUGCUGCCAGUGAUGACAAUACACAGAGCAUUUUCUCAGCCUACUGCUGUACAAAGUGAGCCACAUCAAGCAGCACAGCAGCUCCUGCAGCACCUCUACAAACACCUUGGCACACAAUCAGCUGAUGCCUUCAGAUGAUGAAUGGAGUAGAGUUUGAUUUCUGCAAACUGAAUUUCAGGAGCUAAGUGAGUCUUGGUAGCUGUGGCACAGAUGGAAAAGCUGAAAUGGCAAAGAUCAUCCUGGCCUGCUUCUUGUCCUCCCAAGGUGGUAUCCCAGUAUCUUUCAGAACUGCUCCUGGACAGCACAUUGUGAAAGUCUGUAGAUUUACACAGAAUGUGCUCCAGAGUUUAACUGCUGUCAAAAAAGCUCAGUUUGAAGUGAGAGAUUUAAAAAAAAAAUCACUCAAGUGGCACACUGAACUAGUGGCACAAAUGAACUGCCUGGCUUGGAUCAGAUACAAUUACAUCAGGCUAAAGCCUCAGAGUGUGUCUAAGGACCCAGAUAUAAACACAAGAAUCUGGAAUCUUCUGACUCCAGGGAGUUAAUGUGAAGUUGGAUUCAGUGUGGGUUGUAGUUCUUGGCUGGGUACUUAAACAAAUCUCCCAAACUUGUUUGCUGGCUGUAGUCAAGCUUAAGGAGAGAGAAUGCAACAGUGAUCAGUUGUGCUCUUACAAGAUUUCGUAUGGCUUUAUGGGUAAAGAAAAUCCAGAGAAUCAGGAGGGUGGUGUUUGAAAAUCAAUUUCAAAGUGACCUGCAAAAGUCUCCAGUAAAAUACUCAUU